AUUCACCUAUGAAACUAGUCACUGCCAUGCUUUUAAGUAUAUUUUCAACAUACUGACUUGCUUGCUUAUGUAGCAGGAACUGCAAAGGAUAAAAUCAGAUGUGGGAGAGCUAAACCCUGAAUUACCUGUUGUUUUGCUUUGCUGACUUCAUCUUAUUAAUUGCCAUGGAUCUUGUAUCCUAGUGGAACUCCCAGUUUUAGACCAGAGGAGGAAAUGUUCCAGCAGGAAGAAGCCACAGUCCAGAAUGAAGAAUCCUCUGGCAGGCUGCGUGUAUGACAGGGCGUAUCAAGAACUGAAAGGAUUCUCCAAAAAUGGAGACAAUUUCUGCAAGCAACUCUUGUCUAUUCUUCAACAGAGGGCUCAUCUGGAGAUUACAUAUGGUAAAGGACUAGAAAAAUUGGCCACCAAGCUCAGCAAAGUGUUGAAGAAAAUGAAGACGAAUUAUAUUUGCAGCACCUGGCUUUGUGUUUCUGAGGGGAUGAAAUCUGCAUCAGAUUUGCACAGGAAACUUGGCAAGGACAUUCAGAUGGAAGCAUUAAGCCCGACAAAUCACAUUCUGGUGGAACAUGAAAAGAGGAAAAAAGCACUAGAUAACAAAGUUGAGAAGGCAGCUGGCAUGGUCCUUGACAACUGGCGUCAACAAAUAAAGACUAAGAAGAAAUUAAAAGAAUUUACCAAGGACCAUGAAGCACUAUUCCGUGAAACAGAGAGCUCCCAACCAUUGGCUUCACCAAAGACAAAAAGAAAGAUGCUGAAAAACCUGGAAAAAUCUGCAAAAAAACUAGUGAAGGAUGAUGAUGACUAUUAUAAAAAGAAUUUAGCUGCCUGUGAAACAAGGUUGAAAUGGGAAACCACUUUAGAAAACUGCCACCAGAGUGUUCUAGAUCUUGAAAAGGAGAGACUGUAUCUUCUGUACAGUAUGUUAAAUCGUUAUAGCCAGCAGCUUACCAGUUUUGGAGAAAACCUAAUUGCAUGCCACACAACAACUCAUAAUGCUGUCUGCAAGACCGACGCUGACAAGGAUGUGCAGACGUUAGUGAGAGAACUGUCCAUCCCCAAUGAAGACACCAAAGUGGAAUUCUUGCUAACUGACUAUUAUGAGGAAGAUGCUACAAGCCUUAUUGAAAAAGAGAGGAGACAAGCUUCCAUCAAAGCAAAAGUACUCCGCCUGCAGAAGGACUUGGAAAAGGCCGUACAAGACAAAACAGGCUUGGAACGGAUGCUUGAGGCUUACACCAAGACUCCACAAUUCUCAGACGCAAAAAAUCAAAAUGAUAUCACUGAACAGCUUUAUGAGACCACACUGAAAGCUACCCUUCUCCAAGCAAACCACUUCAAGUUGGCCAGUGUGCUAGCAGAAAUUGAACAGAGGCCUAAACCAACAAAUCCCUGGAAUAACUGCAUUUCAAAAUGGAAAGAAAAGGAUUGUGUGCAUAGUUCUGUCGUCAUCACUUGCCCCGUGAAAGGGGGUCACUUUAAGCGCACUAUGAGCGUCAGGAGUGCUGCCGAAGGACAAACUCACUCAAGUGGCCUUCCAGCUCCUGCCAGCAAUUCAAUGCCAGCAACCUUUUUGCACCCACAAAAUGGUGACUCAGUAUGCGGAACUUGUACAGCUUUAUAUGACUAUUGCACAGAAAGGGAAGAUGAACUUUGCUUGAACAAAGGUGAUGUGAUUGUAAUCCACCACAAGGAAGAGGAUGGAUGGUGGUACGGAUCUGUCAAAGGGAAAAGAGGUAUAUUCCCAGCUACUUAUGUGGAAGAAGAACCUCCCUCUUCUGGCAUGGACCUCAAUGGAGAUGAGGAAAGCUUUUCAAGCUGAGAUGGUGGGGUCACAUCUGGAAUGGAUCGCAAGUUCAUCAUGUAAUAUUGUUUAUACACUGGUUCAGGUUUUUCCCCCCUAAAUAUCCUUCCUAUGCUCGGAUCUAAAAUCCAAGUGUUGCCAAUAGUUUCCUGUAUGCAUCGGAAGCUCCAAACCUUCCUUUGGUGAAUUAUUGUAGUAUCAUGAAGAUUAAAACUGACUAUCAAACCACA